UCGCAGACCGGGGCGUGUCUGCCCAAAUUGCCUCGUUCCGUGUGUAAACUUUACCGGUUCGGGUGCAAAGUUACAACCGUCUGCAAACAGCUGAGCGGUGGAAUAUGCUACGGUAUAGCAGCUAAUCAGGAACUGUGGUCUUUCUUUUUUCCAACUGAAUUGAAUCUUCAAAUGGAAGGGGAGACAAAUGAUAGGAGCUAAUAUAUUGACUUAUAAUUAUCGAGCUAGAAUAUAACGUUACAUUGCUGUGGUUUUUUGACUGACCGGAGUUCGUUACUGUUUCCAGCUAACGUUAGCUAACCAGUUUAUUCAACGCGAGGAGGUAAAAUGGCUUGUGAGCCCAACUUUGUUCGGCUGCUAUGCAUGCUUUCGCUGACUUUUGGGUUUUUCAUUGUGGAGGUAGUAGUCAGUCGAAUAACAUCGUCCUUGGCAAUGCUGUCGGACUCGUUCCACAUGCUGUCGGACGUUAUCGCGCUGGUGGUGGCUUUGGUGGCCGUCCGCUUCGCCGAGAAGACGCAGUCGAACAACAAAAACACCUUCGGAUGGAUCCGGGCGGAGGUGAUGGGCGCCCUGGUCAACGCUGUUUUUCUCACGGCUCUGUGUUUCACCAUAAUCCUAGAGGCCGUCGAGCGCUUCACCGAGCCCCACGUUAUCGAGAAACCCUGGGUCGUCAUCGGGGUUGGGGCUGCCGGGCUUCUUGUGAACCUGCUCGGGCUCUGCAUGUUCCACGGACACGCCGGGAGCGGAGGACACGGGCACUCGCACGGGAGUAAAAAGAACAAGAGGAAUAAGAUGUGUAAAUCGGACAGACCGUCAGGCAACGGAUCAUCCGUUGAGGAGACCAACAACCUAGUAGGCAACUGCACCAAUAGCCCCAACGGCGUCAGCACCGACAGCAGACCCCGGCAUGGAACGGCGCACGACAUCCCGUGCAGCGACAGCCUGGAGCUGCAGCUGAACGGCAGCGCCCCCUAUGAGGAGCUGGAGGACGCGGCCGCGUCGCAGCUGAACAUGCACGGGGUGUUCCUGCACGUGCUCGGGGACGCCAUGGGCUCCGUCAUCGUGGUGGUCAACGCCCUCAUCUUCACCUUCGUCUGGCAGCCCUGCGUCCCCGGCGAGUCCUGCACCAACCCCUGCAUCCACAGCCACUGCCCCGGCAACAGCACGGAGGCGGGUCCCCAGGGCAACCUCACGGAGGCGGGUUCCCAGGGCAGCCGCGCGGAGGCGGGGCCGUGCUGGGUGCUGUACCUGGACCCCACGCUGUGCGUGAUCAUGGUGCUGAUCCUGCUGCGCACCACCUACCCGCUGCUGAAGGAGUCUGCGCUCAUCCUGCUGCAGACCGUGCCCAAGCAGAUCGACGUGCACCUGCUGAGCGAGCGCCUGCGCGGCGUGGACGGCGUGCUGGCCGUGCACGAGCUGCACAUCUGGCAGCUGGCGGGCAGCCGCAUCAUCGCCACCGCGCACAUCAAGUGCCACGACCCCACCUCCUACAUGGACGUGGCCAAGCGCAUCAAGGCCUUCUUCCACGACCAGGGCAUCCAUGCCACCACCAUCCAGCCCGAGUUCGCCACCGUCAACUCCGAGUCGCGCAUCUCCCUGUGCGAGCUGUCCUGCCGGACUCAGUGCGCCCCCAAGCUGUGCUGCGGGGCGGCGGACAAGCCCGCCGCCGCCACGGACACCACCGCCGCCGCCGAGAGGGAGCCCAGCGACGAGAACAGCGCCGCCCUGCAGGUGAUCAGCGAGACUGCGGCGGAUCAGGCCUCUGUGCAGGUGCUGCCUCAGCAGGACCCCAAGGUCACCUUCUCCAGAGAGGUGGAGUCAUCCCUGUGAGGGGGCGGAGUCAGGCAGUGUAGCCCCUCCCCCACCCUGAGGAGCUGAUUAUGUGGCCCCACCCCCCACCCCCCACACACACACACACCCUUCUCUCCUGGCCUGAUGUCUGGCCCUGCCCACUGCGUACAGUUCAUUCACAGACAGCACCAUGAUCCUCUCUGAUUGGACCGUUCUCACUGGGGCGGUGUCCGAGCCGGUCGCCAGCAGUGUGUGUGUGUGCUGAAGCGUCUUCAUACGGGACACGGGGGCUGAGACCUCCCUAAAGAGAGAGAGAGAGAGAGAGAGAGCAACAACAAAUGAAACUACACACACACACGCAUACAUGCCUUCACAAACUCACGCCUACACACACUCACACACACACAUGCCUACACACACACACACACUCUUAAACACAUGUGCAGGCUUCAUGGACUAAUCCAUUAUAAAGGUAAUGCCUUUCCACGGCUAAUCUGCUAUAUCUCUUCUUUUUUUUUUGUUGGCUUUGCACAAUGUAUCUGUCAGCGCUCUUACCCCAAUUUAAAAUUAUUUUAUAAAAAUUAAAAAAUAAGUUAUGUAUUUAAGUUAUUUGCCAGUAUCUUAUCUGAUAGAUGCUUUUUAAACUGUAGCCACGGUAACACUGAAGAUGUUGUUUGUUGCGAGUAAUGGCUUUGGCGUAAGCGGUCUGCUGUAACGCUGAAUCACACUGUCUGUACGGGCUGCUUUUCUCGCCUUGUGACCCUUUAUAAAAAUAGUUUAUUGUAGCGGAGAGGACCGGCAGUGUUUGUCUCUAACAACCUUUAACUUUUCCAGUAGCGCAGACGCACACCUAAGUACAUAUUCAUAUACAUAAAAGUCCAGAACUUGCCUCCAAAGUGUGCUGUUCUGUGCGUUAGCGCGCGGUUCUGUGCGUUAGCGUGCGGUUCUGUGCGUUAGCGUGCGGUUCUGUGCGUUAGCGCGCGGUUCUGUGCGUUAGCGCGCGGUUCUGUGCGUUAGCGUGCGGUUCUGUGUGUUAGCGCGCGGUUCUGUGUGUUAGCGUGCGGUUCUGUGCGUUAGCGUGCGGUUCUGUGCGUUAGCGUGCGGUUCUGUGUGUUAGCGUGCGGUUCUGUGCGUUAGCGUGCGGUUCUGUGUGUUAGCGUGCGGUUCUGUGCGUUAGCGUGCGGUUCUGUGCGUUAGCACGCGGUUCUGUGCUAGCCUUCGUGGUUAGCGCGCGGUUCUGUGCGUUAGCGCGCGGUUCUGUCCGUUAGAUACUGUGCAGCUCUCUGUGGAUUUGUCUCUUGAUAUACUGGUGGGAACUGGACAGAGAAAGUCACUUAGUGAAUGCUGUCUUCUCUUGUUUUGCCAUUAUUUCUGAGAGACAGAUAGUCCCUCGGGGGGUGGGGGGGGGGGUCGGGGGGGGGUCACAGUGAUGUUGAAUUCUCCUACUGUUCUGUUUUGGGAAAGAGACCUUUUUUCCCUGGAGCAUUGUGCUACUACUUUGCAUGACCAAGCUGAAGUGUGUUGUGAAUCACAGAUGAGUAUAGAGAAACACUUUUAGGCACUCACUUUUAAAUGAGUAAAAUGUUGCGCUUGAUUGGCUAUUCAGAUUGGGGCGGGCAGGGGGAGGAGUCAAACUUUUCUCUCAUCCUGAAUGUGGAUAUGAGUCUCUUCCCCUCUCAUGGGGGGGCGGUUUUUCAGUCAGAUUCUCAUGGAUGAUCUUUGUGGCCUUUCCAUGAGUUUGAAACUUCAUGACCCCACUCCCUUUUUCUUAAGUGUUUAAUGCAAUCUUUUGAAGAUAUGGUUCACAAAUGCAUUUCAUAUUUCCACACAGAAUAAAUGUAUGCAAUAUGGAUAAAUGUUCUGAAUCGAGUGGGUAUGUGCUUCUCCGUCACACGCACCCCCGGUCGCCACCACUUAACCAGAGCGGACUGGAGCUGGAGGGGAGGAUACCCUGUCUGUGCAAGAUUUCAUUUGUCAUUUUUGGAUUUUUAAAUGUAUCUGGCAGUUUGAACAGUUGUUUUUUAUGGUAUAUAUUCCUGUAAAAAAAAAGAAAAAAAAAGAAAAACAGUGUUGUCAUGGUGAAUUAAACUUGCCCUGCCCUUC